AUGGAGCGGAUGCAGUAUCAUAUGUUCAUUAAACGCGGAACAUUGGAAUAUCCAUUGGAUCAAGGUGGUGGUGGCACACUAUCUGCUGAAUGCCAACCUUUUCUGAGUCAAAUGAUGCAACCCAUGGAUGGAUGGAACGAUGAUGGCCCGAAUUGGUGUGAGCAAUUGGACGAUUCAGUUGAUUCCUCUUCCGAUACGGAGGAGGUCGCAUAUGUCGCUACACUAGGACCACCACCCAAUGAUGGUGGUCCAAGAAGGGUGACAAAUCCUACUGCAGGUGGGCCGUAUGCACAGAUGGCAGCGACCCCGAGACCUCCAACUUGUGAUCCGACAACAGGACGCCAAACGGGGGUAUCAUGGUCAACGUCGCCAUCUUUUCUUGCACCUGUGCCAGCUGUCUCUCCUCCUGAAGAUGACGACGCCGGUUAUAAUGUUCAUGCAGCAGGGGAUCCAUUUGCACCUACUGUAACACUAUUAAAGAGGCAGCAUCUACCAUUUCAACAGUCUGGACGAACGACUACACCGCGUCCUAAUAGAGACGAUGCGGACUGGACUUCCCCAUUUGCGCCCCAUAAGCGUCCGAGGAUGGAUGUUGGGGACCAUGCAGGGCCAUUUCAACCAACUCCGUCUCCUUUUCGGGGGAGCCCAAGUCCUACUGUUCCUACAAUGCAUGAUCCAUUUGCACGGGCACCAUCUCCGUAUCACACAGCGCCAGUCCAGCAGUCGCCGUUCCAUCCUAUGCCAGUGCAACAACAUCCUCACGUGACUCCGGGCGUGUAUCACACGCCGUCGCCAUACCAGCCAACCCCACCGUCGCAAUAUCCACAUUCACCGUACCCGCACCCAACAUUUGUGCCUGACGGAAUGGGUGGAUACUAUCAGACAAUGGUAAAUCCCGCUGCUAUGGUCCUGGGACAUCCUCAUGGUGGCCUUGUUCACUCGCCUGUUGUUGCAAAGCUGGGUGCUCUCAAGAUUCGACUAGAGUCAACGAAGCACGCGGCUAUUUCCACACCAGAACAAAGGACAAUAUGUCCACCUGUGUUCCUAUCAUGUUGUUUUUGGUUGCUCCAAGACAUUGGUGACGUGGGUGCUGGUGUUGUUCAUUGCAGAAAAGAUGGAGAACCAGCAAGACAAGUGUCUUCUGAAGCUGUCUUUCGAAUCCUCAUGCUAUCGGAACUUGGACGACAGGUUAUGUCUGGUGUGGAUCAUAAGAAUGACGGAAAUGCAGCUGCAGUUGCCAUGGUCCGGGUGAUAAGAUACCGUGCCAAACUGUCACUUGGGCCGUUUGGAUCGUUACAAUUACCUUCCGAGCAGCUGUUGACUACUGUCAUGGAUAGUGUCUUUGUCCGAAAUGGUUUGGACAUGAACACAUGGAGUGUGGAUCCGGAAAGACCACCCCCUACUGACACCAAGAAACAAUUCUCGGUAUUGUCCUUCCUUCCUUGUUUGGACAGUGGUAUGUCUUCUACCAUUGUUCUAUAA